UUCUUAAAUAUGUAUUUUUAAACCAAUGCAAUGCGUGCAAGUGCGCGCAUAAAAUGAAAUAAUGUAGCAAUAACGAAGAAUGAUUUUCCUUGUUUUUAUACAAAAUUCGUGAUAUUUUUUUUAGUUUUAGAGCGAAAAAAACUACAUGUACUUAUAAAGUUUCUGUUUAGUGAUCAGUUUCUCACAUUUUUUCAAACAUUUCUCCGCACACAUCAAAGUAAACACUACAUUGUUUUCACAUUUCACAUUUUCCAUUUAAUAUUACACCUGUUGAUAUUUUUUAUUAAUACCACACAGUCGCACACAGAUACGCUUAGAACUGCAUCGAAUGCGAAGAAACUUAUAUACUUGCACUCCGCACUCUCUUGAGUUUCUCUGCCGCUUCUGGCUGCUGGCGCUUGAACUUGAAAACUUUUCUAAAGUACGGUGAACUGCGAUCGACCGUCAAACGCGCACAAUGUUCGCACGAAUCAUUGCAUAUUUAAACCGAAUAAUACGCGCUUGCGUUUAAGAGAAGGAGAAAUCCUGAUCCUACGUGGUCUUCCCUCUUCUCGUAUUGACGUUGUGAGAACGGCAAGCGUACGCGAGUGAGGGCUACAUUAAAGGGGGCAAGAUAAAAAUAUUUAAUGAGGUACUCUUAUUGGCUGAUCACGAUACGUCCAUUUGAUGACUUCUUAGUACCUCCCAGUCUUUAUGCAGUUAUUGUAGAAUACACAUCGAGCCUUCAUUGUGAAAUAUAUUAAGUGAGACGAAGAAAGAGAACACAAGCUCUUUUUUUAUUUCUCGUAAAGGUGUACGUCCUGUUGCGCGUAGAUCGAUGCCUUUUCUUGCGUAAAAACAGAAAGCAAAGAGAAAGAAAAAAAAUUAUGAAACGAAAAAGUACAAUUAAUCGCACGUUAAAAUUAAUGCUCACUCUGUGCGGUGUAUGGCCAGGCACGACAUGUGUUAUAAUCUGCAGAGCGUAUUGGAUUAUCGCGUUAGCAACGGAUGAAAUUUGCCACUACCGUUAUCUUCUAAUGCAUUUGCACACUCAUGAUCUUUUCGACUUGAUGGACUGUUUUAGUAGUUUUUUAACGCAAGUGAAAUUUACGGUUAAGUUAAUUGUAUUUUGGCUAAAUGAACGAAAAUUCCUGGAGGUUUUGACGAUGAUGGCAGAAGACUGGAAUGAUUGCACUGACAACAAUGUCAACAUGCGUGAAACAGCAUGUAAAGCUAAAUUAGCAAACCGUAUCACCAAUGCGAUGUUCACUCUUCACACAAUAACCAUCGUUGCGUAUAGUAUUGGCAUUCUCUUGGCCGACGUCGAUGUCACCGCUCAGUCCGAAGUACCUCUCCUCUUAAAGGUGGAGCUUCCUAUUAACAUAAACACAAAACGCAAGUAUAAAAUGCUACUGGCUAUGCAAUUUGUGCAUCUCAUCAUGGCCGGCUGUGGAAAUGGCCUACUUAACACCUUGCUCUUAACUUUGACCUUUCAUGUAGGUGGUCAGAUGGACAUUUUACGCUGCUGGUUAAACGUGCCGAUAGGGAAUAAAGAGAGAUCCGAAUCUAUUAGCAAUAUGACAAGUAAAAUCAUUCGUAAACAUCAAAAGAUCAUUAAUUUUUCGGAGUAUAUUGAAGAUUUAUAUACAUACAUCGCGUUAGUGCAAUUUACAUCGAACACUGUGCUGAUUUGUUCAUUAGGAUUUCUCAUUAUAACGGCAAUUGGCAGCCCUGACGCGACGGAGCACAUUGUACGGUCUCUUUUAUUUUACAUUGUAACGAAUCUCGAAGCAUUUAUAUUUUGCUAUGCGGGAGAAUAUCUCAAAAACAAGAGUAAAGCUAUUGGAAUGGCGGCAUAUAAUUCCGCCUGGUACGAAAUGAAACCUGAAAACAGCCGUAAUUUAAUAUUCGUGAUAUUAAGAGCGCAAAAGCAAUUGACACUUACAGUUGGAAAGAUAAUGGAUCUUUCUUUAGAAUCGUUUACAAAUAUUAUGAAAGCUUCGGGAUCAUAUUUGUCAGUAUUGCUAGCAAUGCAAUGACAACAUUGUUUAUUUGAAGAAUUUUAUACAAUAGUUGUGAAGCAAGUAUCUUAUAUAAAUCUCUGCACUAGUAAUAGAAAGAUAGAUUUAUUUUCAUAUAUUUUCAUGAUCGUAUUCCGAGGCAGUAAUAA